AUGGCCUCAGAUGCAGCUUCUAUGAUCACUGUUGGGGCUCUCAGCGCCAUAUUCGAUGAUAGUAAAGAAGAGGCUCGGGAGCCGAUCGUUCAAUGUGUCCAGGUCAAACCCCUACCACCACAGCCGAAUCACGAGGAACGGUAUCGAGCUGUGUUCAGCGAUGUUGCCAACUAUGUCCAGACCAUGCUUGCGACCCAGAUUAAUCAUGUGGUGACCAGCGGAUCCCUUCGAAAGGGGUGUUUUGUUCGGUUAAAAAGCUUCCAGGCAAACUCUGUCAAAGGGAAAAAGAUUUUGAUUGUCUUGGACCUGGAAGUUUUGGAAGAUUUGGGCGAAGCUGAGAAGAUCGGUGAGCCGAAGCCUCUGGAGGUCAAGCCGGAAGAGCAAGACCGAGCGCAACCAACCACCAUCUCCAGUAAUGGUUUCUAUGGAUCCAAGGUUCAAGCUGUUCCGCAACAGGCACCUCGAACUUCUUCAGCAGCACGGGCCCCGUCUACAUCUGCCCACACCACCAUCUAUCCCAUCGAGGCAAUCUCUCCCUACUCUAACAAAUGGACAAUCAAAGCUCGCUGUACCAGCAAGUCAAGCAUCAAGACUUGGCACAACAAGAACGGUGAAGGAAAACUCUUCAGUGUGAACCUAUUAGACGACAGUGGCGAAAUUCGCGCAACCGGCUUCCAGGAGCAAUGUGACAUGCUAUAUGACGUCUUCCAGGAAGGCGGGGUUUACUACAUUUCAAGCCCCUGUCGGGUUCAGAUUGCUAAAAAACAAUUCUCGAAUCUCAACAACGACUACGAACUUACCUUUGAACGCGAUACAUUAGUCGAGAAGGCUGAAGACCAAAAUGACGUGCCCCAGAUACGAUUCAACUUCACCACGAUUGAAGAUCUCCAGUCUGUCGAGAAGGAAACCACUACCGAUGUGAUCGGAAUACUGAAGGAAGUGGCUGAAACCUCUCAAAUUGUUUCGAAAGGAACUGGGAAGCCGUAUGACAAGCGGGAACUUACUCUUGUUGACAAUACUGGAUUCUCUGUUCGUUUGACCAUUUGGGGCGCCAGUGCUGUUAAUUUCAAUGUUGCCCCGGAAUCUGUCAUUGCCUUCAAAGGAGUGAAGGUUUCAGACUACGGUGGUCGUAGCCUGAGCCUACUGAGCUCUGGUUCCAUGAGUGUUGACCCUGAUAUCAGCGAAGCUCACCGUCUCAAGGGUUGGUAUGACGCGCAAGGCCGCACUGAGAUAUUCACCUCGCAUGCAUCACUUUCUGGUGCCACAAACUCGACUACAAGACCAGAUCAGUUCAAGACCGUUGCCCAAGUUCGAGAGGAGCAGCUGGGCAUGUCAGACCAACCCGACUACUUCUCGUUGAAGGCAACAGUCGUUUACAUCCGUCAGGAUUCUACUUGGUGUUACCCUGCAUGCCUCUCUGAAGGUUGCAACAAGAAAGUGACUGAGCUUGACCCUGGACAGUGGCGCUGCGAAAUGUGCGACAAGACACACUCUAAGCCGGAAUACCGGUACAUCAUGCCUAUUAGUGUGAGCGAUCACACUGGCCAACUUUGGCUCAGCUGCUUCGAUGACACUGGACGUCUGGUCAUGGGGAUGACCGCCGACGACCUCAUGCAGCUUCGAGAAGAUGAUCCAACGGCCUUUGGCGAGGUUUUUCAAGAAGCUAAUUGCCGCACCUGGAGCUUCCGGUGCAGGGCCCGAAUCGAUAACUUCGGUGACCAACAACGUGUACGCUACCAGGUAUCAUCCGCGAAAACCAUCAACUACUCGGAGGAGGCUUCUCGCCUGGCUGGAAUCAUUAGCUCUUACCACAUAAAUUAG